AUGACACCACCCACAAUAAUAUUUAUCCACGGAGCAUGGCACGACACCUCGAACUUCUCCCCCGUGAUCGGCAUUUUAGAACCGCUAGGUUACCCAUGCAUCACCAUUGCCAUGCCAUCCACAGGCGGUACUAUCCCCACCACAGAUCUCACGAACGAUAUUGCCGCCAUCAGACAUGUCGUGCUGAAAGAGGUUGAUGCCGGGAAGGAAGUCAUCGUGUGUAGUCAUUCGUGGGGUGGGAUACCUACUACGAAUGCUUUGGAUGGAUUGAGCAUUUCCGAGAGAUCUGAAAGUGGAAAGGUGGGCGGGGUGGUCAAAAUAGCUUUCUUGUGCGCCUUUGUGGUUCCGGUUGGUACUAGUCUUCAGGAUGCUACUGGUGGGAUGAGUUAUGAUGGUAUUGCGGAAGAUGGGUUUAUUCCAGCGACACAUUUUGGACAGAAAUUCUACCAUGAUCUUGAUGAUGCAAUGGCUAGCGAUUUGGAGUCUAAGCUGAAAUUGCAAAGUGUGGCCAGCUUCCAAACCAAAGCUACUUCGGCAGCCCAUUUGGUAAUCCCGUCGAUCUACCUCAUUUGUGAAGAUGAUCAGAUCAUUCCUAUGUUUUUGCAGGAAUUGAUGAUAGCUGAUGCUCGAAAGGCGGGGGGGAUUAUGGAGGAAGAGCGAGUGUUCUGUGGACAUAGCCCCUUUUUCAAGAACCCGGAGUUUACAGCUAGUUUCUUGAGACGAGCUGCGGGUGAAAACGUCUAA